AUGACAAGGUUGCAAGGAGAAAGUCCCAAGUGGCAUGCUAUUCGCAAGAAGAGGAUAACUGCAUCUGUUCAUAUUGUGAAGCGUAGAGCAGAUUUUGGACCUUUGAUUAAAAGAUUGAAGACAACAAGAAAAGUCGUCACAGAGAGUAUGCGACAUGGAUUGUCGUUCGAGGCAGUUGCUGCUGAAGCCUUUGUACAAUUGCAAAACAACAAUGUCAACAUAUACCCUUGUGGAAUCAUUGUCAGUCCUUAUGCUUCCUGGCUUGCUGCUAGCCCAGACAGGAAGGUAUACAACCCAACUAUGAACCCCCCUUAUGGUUUGCUGGAGAUAAAGUGCCCUGUAAAACCCUUAACAGAGUGUGUUUAUUUGAAGAAGGAUGGGGAUAUAUGGAGACUGAAGGAAAACCAUAACUACUACCACCAAGUUAUGAUGCAGCUUGCCGUGACAGGUCUUACCUGGUGUUAUUUCUUUGUGUGGCACUGUGACGAGAGCCAUUUGGAGGUGAUUACCUUUGAUAAUGAAGAGUGGCAGGAAAUGAAAAACAAGAUUGAUUCAUUCUAUUUUAACUAUUUCCUUGAAUAA